AUGAAUGAGAGAUCAUGCAGUAUGAGCCACUGGACAUCAGGUAUUCCUCAUGGACCUGGGAUGAUCAGUAGACAGCAGAUCCCACCUAUCAAGGUUCAUGUGGGAACACCCUGCCCAUCUUCAAAUAGCCUCACCCUAAGCCCAGAUAUUGGAAACUUGUCUGCCAUCCUACACUUAAAGAUGCCCCUUGGAGGAGGGGUAGCUCCUGAGAGCAACACCAUUCACCUUCCUGCUUUAAGUCCUAAGAAACAAGCGUUUACAAAUGGAAAGCCUUUAUUGCAAGUCCCACAGCCCCCUGGACUGUCAGCCUCACAGUCCUUAAAACAAAAAAAGCAAGGAUUUGGAAAUACUUUCUCCCCAUGCACAGAUGAAGGAGGUCUUGGUUAUGGACCCCCGUACAAGUCUGUUGAAAAACAAUGCGACAAUGUCACCAGCCAUCCCAUGAGAAUUCAACAGCUGGAACCUGUUCCACCUUCUGCUAAUCAGGUUUCAGCAGCAUGCAACCAGAUGAGCCUUACUUUACAGAGGUGUAUGGAUGCUUCCAGCCUGAGUACUUCUUCUGAUGCAAGGUUGCUGUUGUCACAUGAGUCUUUGGCCUCUACAACCUCAAGCUUGUCAGAAAGUCAGUCCACUUUGUGCAUUAAGCAAGAGUGGUCUUGUGGACACAGGACACCUCCUCCUGUUCCUCCUGACCAAGGUUUACAAAAUGGCAGUGAGCCAGAGGAUUUACUGAAGUUUUCACCUGGAAGAUCUGUGUCCAGUAGCUGUGUCUCUAACUUGUUACCAUCCUAUUUACGUGACAUGGAAAAUAAGCAUUCCCCUUUCUCUAGUCCUUGCUGGUCUCAAUCCACCCGCUCCAAAAAGAGAGCACUCUCUCUGUCUCCUCUGUCUGAUGGCAUUGGGAUUGACUUCAAUACAAUCAUCCAUACAUCCCCAGCAUCUCUUGUGGCCUACAUCAACAGCUCCAGGACAUCGCCAACAAAUGUGUCCCCACAGCCUGAGGUCUAUGGACAUUUUUUGGGAGUGAGAGGAAGCUGUAUACCCCAAAAUUGCUCUAUUACAGCUACCCAGAAAGGCCUUCUUACAGCUAAUGGCAGCAUCACCUUCCCAGGGCAUGUUGAGAAUCAGGUUGGUGAGAGCCAGCAUAUUCAGCAGCUGGAGCAAGCCACCUUGCAGGUGACUGCCACAAGUAACAUGGUGAUUCAGCAAGGUGUGCCACUUGCAGACAACCAGGUGGCAGGCAUCCUGAAAAAUGAACAGCUGGACGACUUCUUAGGCCACACACUUAACAUGUCUUCUCCACCCCUGCUGCCACUGCCUCCUCCACAAGGGCCACCCCCACCAUACCAUGGUCACCAGCACUGUCAUCUACACAGUCUGUCAAGUCAUUUUCACUCACUGCCUGUUCCUCCUUCUGCCCCAGGCUCCCUGCCUGAUGAAGAUGGUGAGCUAGAUGAUUUCAAUGGCAAGCAUAGCUGUUACUGGGUUGACUGUGGUGCAUUGUAUGACCAGCGAGAGGAACUUGUGCGCCACAUAGAGAAGAUCCAUAUAGACCAGAGGAAGGGAGAAGACUUCACUUGCUUCUGGGCAGGGUGCCCACGAAGGUGCAAGCCAUUUAAUGCCCGUUAUAAACUGCUAAUUCACAUGAGAGUCCACUCAGGAGAGAAGCCAAACAAAUGCACAUUUGAAGGUUGCAAGAAAGCCUUUUCCAGACUAGAAAAUCUCAAGAUUCACUUAAGGAGCCACACGGGUGAAAAGCCCUACCUUUGCCAGCACCUGGGCUGCCAGAAAGCAUUCAGCAACUCCAGCGACCGUGCCAAGCAUCAGAGGACACAUUUGGACACUAAACCUUAUGCAUGUCAGAUUCCUGGAUGUACUAAACGAUACACAGAUCCAAGUUCCUUGAGAAAGCAUGUGAAAGCCCAUUCUUCCAAAGACCAGCAAGUCAGAAAGAAGUUGCAAUCCUGCUCAGAGCUUGGCCAGGACAUCCUGAAUGACUGUCUGGCAGUUCAGCCCCUCCAGCCAGCCACAUCUCCGCAUGAUGCUGUGGAUAACACCAUGGAACACUCCCCAGGCCCUGCUCAUGAUAUUUACCCAGUGGCCGUGUUCCCCAGCACACAGACAAGUCGAAGUGGAACAGCAGUUGGGGCAGUGUCCUUGUCUCACCCCAGCAGCCACCCCUCCCCAGGACAUAACAUACAGGGUAGUCCUCUCCAACCUCCCCCUCAGUUACCUUUUCUCUCAGCUGCGGACUCAGAGAGAUUUGCUCCUCUGGCUCCUUCUCCUCACCAUAUCAACCCCCAGAAAAUUUCAGUUCCACAUCACAUGACAGAAAGACGAACUCCACAACCUCCCCACCUUCAACAGCCUGCAGAAACGCCUCUAAAGACCUACCAGCCAGCAGCAAACCGUUCUUUUCAACCAAACAGCCUUCACAUCCAAGGUUUUUAUGGGCACCUUCAGACCUUCUGCCCUCCACAUCAUACUGACUUUCAGAGGAAUGUACAACAUGGUGCUCCUUGCAAUAUGGUUCCUCCAUUUGAAGACUGCUUAAUUCCCACAUCAGGAGGUCAGGCAGGGCUGGGCAUUUUCCAUCGAACCUUUUCAGCUCAUUCUGCUAUUACAGUUUAUUUUUUUUCCCCAUCAGGGUCUACAGGUAUCUUUGGUGAUUCAUCUCACACCAUGCCAGAGGAUAGCAGUUUUCUGCAAGUAAAUGCAGUGGAUUGUUGUUCUAGCCAGCUUCCUUCUGUCUACACUGAAGGCUAAAGUAAUAUAAAUCCAG